GAGAGAAUAUCUUGCUGUGCUUCCUCAGGCUGUUUUCAGAAUUCUUUGGACAAAAGGAUGAUACUGGAAUAGAGGGUGUUUCGUUUUCAGUUUCACAUUUAGGGGAGCAUUGAGCAUGUUUUCAGGAAUUAAAUUGACCACUUCUCAAGGGUUGCCUGAUCAACAGUAUCUUGAGGCUGAUAAAGUUGUUGAUGUACACGAAUUGGCCAACUCCCUGGUCAAUUGAUUGGUACACUGGUUGAUAUGCCAUAAGAUUAUAUCAAUCCUAAUGAGGAAAAUCCAUGUUUGUUUGGACUUUGGAGAUCUAUUGGACAUGAAUAGUUGGUGCAUGAGUUACACACCACUGAUUUGAAUUUUGGAAGGCAAAUUAAAAUUGCCAAGAUUCAAGGCAUAAUGGUUAAUCAAAUGGUCGAGUUCUUUUUCUGUUAAAAUGAUCAUUGUCAAGCAUGUGAAGCAUUUACAUUAUAUUAAAGUGAUCAUUAAGAUCAUUUUAAGAAUUUUGUUUCAUAUACAAAAUUGAGAUACUUAGAUUUACUGUAUGUAAGAAUUGGAAUGAUUUUUGAAAUCGAGGAUGCCUUGGAAGCAGUUUUAAGGCCAUCACAGUCUGUCCCAUUUGUUAAUGUUAGUGGUGACUUAAAACUACUCUGUUAUAAAUAUUUCCUUGGUUAUCACCUUGAUAAACCAGAUAUUCCUUUUCUUAAUCAGUUUUUUCUUUGUUAUUAACUCUUCUCCAAUAUUUGCAUACUUGGAGUAUAGAGUUCCUUCAUAAAUUGACUUGCACGGCAUUGACAGUUUUUUCUUGUGCUAUUUUGUCAAUUCUGUGCAAAUCUUUUAUUCUAAUCCUUUCCUCUCAAAUCUCCAAUUUAUUUGUACAUGAAUAUUUGUGACCAUAUAAAUAUAUGCUUGACUUUGAACGUGACCUUUUAUUUUCAGAUCGGGUCAUCAUCUCAAUACAGAGGUGGGGGUGGUAGAUCAUUCAGGCGGGGUGGUCGUGGUCGAGGUCAGUUCAAUCGUGGAAGAGGACGUGGAGUGGGUAGUGGGAGACACUUUCCGUCUCAUUCUUCUGGUGUUGCUAUUUCUGAUGUACCUGGUGCGUCUGCUGGAGCCACUUAUGCAGUACCAGGUUCAUCAUCAGUCUCAGCUCAAGUGCAAACUGCACCAGUGCAAGCGCCACCACAUGGGGUAUUUUGUGAAAUUUGUAAGAUUGAGUGCAAUACCUCAGAAGUCAUGCAGGUGCAUCUGAAAGGAAAAAAGCAUCUGAAGAAUAUAAGAUUACAUGAAGCAAAACAGAGACACGGUGCUAUCAACGGAUCAGAGAGUAGUCAGAUUCCUACCUCUCAAUUGAACUCAACAGAGCAACCUAUGAUAGCUCAGGAGUCUGAGAACCCCACCAAAAACAUGAGCUCUGAAAUUGCAGCUGAUAAUAACAAUGUAGGAGAGACUUCUGAUGUUCAAGCUGAAGAGCCUGAUGGGUUAAGUAUAGAAAACUCUGGUGCAAGAGGCCGUGGAUUGAAGCGUAAGUUAAGAGGAGGAAAAGGACGUAAACAGGCGAGGACUGCUGAUGGUUCAAAUCCUGAACAAGCUGUAGCUAUUACAUGUGAGUUGUGCAAUGUUAAAUGUGACACCCAACGCGUAUACCAGGCUCAUAUUAGUGGGAAAAAGCACAUGAAGCGUGCCUAUGGUCCCCAAGCAGUAGGUAACCAAGCUUUGGCCAGAGUAGGUCCCCAAGCUUCGUCUGAAGUAGGUUCCCAAGCUUUGGCUGGAGUUGUAGGGCUUCAAACACUUUACCCACCUGACAUCAAUGCUCUAGCCAAUGCAAUUAAUGCUCAAGUCCAACAAGGUGAUAAUGAUCCACAGGUACUUCUGGCUCAGCUCCUGGUGAAUGCACUAUCUCAAGCACAAGGAUCAACAGCAGCACCCGUGAAUGGCUCCUUGGCUGCUCAGACACCAACACCCAUAGCUGGGGCCGGUUCAGGUUAUGAUCCCCAGUUGGUGCAGACUCAAGUCUCGGAAGUCACAGCGCAUGCUGGGGUGGGAAAUCUUCCUGAAGAAUCAAAAAAUGAGAUUUUAUCUGUUCCACUGGAAUCAAAUGCACAUGAAGGUUCAAAUGUUGGCACCCAAAAUGAAGGUGGAAGUUCGGAAACUAAAUAGGUGCUAAUGACAGGCAGAGACAAUUCAGGUGCUUCAAAUGAAUACCUUCAUAAUGUGAAGCUCUCUAAUCAUAGUAGGACCAAAGUAGAACAAUCAUUCUCUUUCGCAAUUUCUUUUACUUUUUUUCGGAUUAUUGUUUAUUAUAUUUCCGGCGGGGAUUUUUCGUACCAAAGAGAUAUGAACACUAUCAAUUGCUCACAUGGAUGUUAGACAAAUCCUUUAGAUUGUUGCA